AUGUGGAAGGAGUCCAGUAACGCCCUGGAUGAGUCAGUUCAGGGUUUUUUUAACUGGCCUGAGUUGCCAGGAAAACUGCCUGGAAACCUACACAAUACUUACACCUCCUGUGGCUCCUGUCUGAUGUGCAACCUGCUCUCUCCUCUUCCUUCAGAUGAUGCCAGACCUGCAGCCUCCAGCGGCAGCUCCUCUCGCAGCGCCAGUCGCAGGAAGAGAACCAGCUUCUCCAAAGAGCACGUGGAGCUCCUGCGUGCCACCUUCGAGACCGACCCUUACCCUGGUAUCAGCCUCAGAGAGAACCUGUCCCAGACCACAGGCCUGCCAGAGUCACGCAUCCAGGUGUGGUUUCAGAACAGAAGAGCUCGCACCCUGAAGUGCAAAGGAGCCAAGAAAGCGCUUUGGCAGUCUGAUAGCCCCAUCCACGAUGCUCUAUCACCUCACACUGUAGCCAGCAGGGGCCUGCAGGUUGGCUCUGUCCAUCUGCCGUCUCAGGGCCCUCCACCAGCCUACCCCACCCAGGUGAAGGAGGAGAUGGAGGAAGCAUGCUACUAUGGACAGCACCCUCCAGCCUACUCCACCAUUGAUGAGCAUGGACACUAUGGUUCUGUGUACGGGCUCCAGCAGGGCCGAUCCCUGGGAGGCGGCUCCAGCCCAUCACUGAGGGGCUUCUGGUCCCAGCCAAGUACCCAAUCCUCCCCUGUCAUGCCACAGUGGUGCCAUUCUCCCCUAGAGAUGAGAAACUACAGUUCAACGUCCAGUCAGGCAGCCUUUGUGUAUCCAGGAUCAGCAGAGCAGCAGAUGUAUAUGCCCUGCUCCACCUCCCACUCCUCAAGUCCAGACACCCCUGAUUCUGGAUACUGGGACGCCAAUCUGGAGAACAGCCCACAAGCAGAAGGUCAGUACUCCCAGCUGGAGGACUCUUGGAGUGGCGCUCCUCUGGGAGGGGAGUCCGGACAUCCAGCGCUAGUUCAGCAUGCCCCCCUGCCAGAGCUGUCCCUGCAGGAGAUUCUGGGGGAGCUGAAUGAGGACUGGUUGGGAGGCGAGGGACUGGACAGCCAUGUGACUGGGGAUAAAAUGGCUUUCUGCUAA